UCGGUUUGCAGCUGGAACAACUGGAUCAGGCGCUGUUGUUGCGGAAAUUAAAAAGAACUGUAGCUAUACUUUUUUUUUGAAUGCUUUCAAUUUUAUUUCUCAAUUCAUUUAGUUGUGCUGUUUUUAUUUGUUUUUAUUUUACUCUUCAGAUCCAAAGAGAGAUUUUUUUUUUUUUUUUUUUUUUUACUUGUGGAAGUUUAUUAAUUUAGCCCAUCAGAAGAGCGAUCGGUCCGGACAGGAGCGACGGGACUGAAGCUUGGUGAGCUCAGCAGCAUCAGACUGCGCGUUGAUCUGGACGCAGCGCUCCGUGCCAACGCCUUUCCCUCUCUCUGCGCUUCUCCUCCCGGUUGGGGAACUACAGUUCACACCGAGCCAGGAGCUGCAGAUCAGGGCGGCGCCCGAAGUCAACAUCCCCGAAGCUGAAAAAGUUGGUUUUGGAGGAGUGGGGGACAAAAACAAAAAAACAAAGAAAAAAUGGGCUGCACGAUCAGCGCCGAGGAUAAAGCUGCGGUGGAGAGGAGUAAAAUGAUUGAUAAAAACUUACGAGAGGACAGAGAGAAAUCGUCCAGAGAGGUGAAACUGCUUCUACUCGGUGCUGGGGAAUCUGGAAAAAGCACUAUUGUUAAGCAGAUGAAAAUCAUCCAUGAGGACGGCUACUCAGAAGAAGAGUGCAAGCAGUACAAAGUGGUGGUGUACAGCAACACCAUCCAGUCCAUCAUGGCCAUCAUCAGGGCGAUGGGGCUGCUGAAGAUAGAUUUUGGGGAUGCUGCCCGGGCAGACGAUGCGCGGCAGCUGUUCACCCUGGCGAGCUCGGCGGAGGAAGGAGUGAUGUCUCCAGAGUUGACCGGCGUGAUCCGCAAGCUGUGGAACGACAGCGGUGUCCAGGCUUGCUUCGAUCGAUCUCGAGAGUAUCAGCUCAACGACUCGGCUGCAUACUACUUGAAUGCAUUGGACAGAAUCUGCAAGCCGAACUACAUCCCGACACAGCAGGAUGUGCUGCGCACCCGCGUCAAAACCACUGGGAUCGUGGAAACUCACUUCACCUUCAAAGAUCUCUACUUCAAGAUGUUUGACGUCGGCGGUCAACGCUCAGAGAGAAAGAAGUGGAUUCACUGUUUUGAAGGAGUCACAUCCAUCAUUUUCUGCGUAGCGCUCAGCGACUACGAUCUCGUCUUGGCUGAGGAUGAGGAAAUGAACCGAAUGCAUGAGAGCAUGAAGCUGUUCGACUCCAUCUGCAACAAUAAGUGGUUCACACAAACUUCCAUCAUCCUCUUCCUGAACAAGAAGGACUUGUUUGAAGAGAAGAUCGCCCGGAGCCCGCUUACUAUCUGCUACCCCGAGUACAAUGGCGGGAACACAUAUGAAGAGGAAGCAGCUUACAUCCAAUGCCAGUUUGAAGACCUCAAUAAACGAAAGGACACAAAGGAGAUCUACACCCACUUCACUUGUGCCACAGACACCAAGAACGUGCAGUUUGUGUUUGAUGCGGUCACUGACGUCAUCAUCAAGAUCAACCUGAGAGAGAUUGGACUCUACUGAUGCUCCAGCUACCUUCCAGGUGGUUUGAAAGAAUCUGGACUUCUGGGAUGUCUUGACGAAUUGGAACAUAGUUUUAACUAAAGACUACACUCGUGCUACAAGCAGGAUCUAAAGGGCAACUCUGGCCACUCUGGUCUCCGUAAAUUUUCAGAUGUCGUGUGCACUUGGAGAAAGCGACCUAGGGAAACUUGUGAAUUGAUUAUUGUGAGUCGGGAUUUAUUCAAUAUCUGUUGAUUAUCCAGACACAUGAAGUCUUGGUUGCAUUGCCGUAUUGUUUGUGAUCUGCACAAUGACCAAAACGGAUCGUUUCAAAGAAAACCCAUCACUACAGUUCAGUUUUUUAUGAAUAUACGGUUCCCAUUUCUGUUGUGUUGUGUCCCGUCUUAAAUGUCUGUGUUUUUGCUUUUAUUAACUUGUUCUUGUUAAGUUUUAUUUCAAUUAUUAGAUCCAGUUUCUAGGUUUCAUAUUCCCACUUUUGGACAUUUGAAUUCCAUGACUUUUGUUUUUGGACAGAUUUUUAUGUGGGCAGUUUCUAUAUAUUAUAUAUGAUGUAAUUGUUGUAGUUUGGAAGUAAAUAGCUAGAGUCGAAUGAAAUCAGUUGCACACAUAUUGUCUACUUAGUUAUUGUUGAUUUAAAUUAGAAUUAGAUGUAGUGAACAAUAUUUUUAAUCCUGAAACAAAUCACUGAUUAAAUCAGUUGAAAGGGACACUUUUAUUUUAUUCUGCUUGUUAUUUCCUAUUUGAUUUUUUUAUUUGGACCAUAAAUAUGGCUGAAAUUAUUUAAUCAGUGAAAGUCAAUGUUUGUCUGUUUUCUUCCAAGGUAAUAUUAUGCUAAAAACAUACAAGUUGGUUAUUGUUUUAGAUAUUCAAAGGAGAUAUUUUGUCAUUUUGCCAUAUAUAAUAACAUUUGCUCCUGCUGUGGAGUCAUGGUAAUAAGACAGUUUCCCUAAAGGUCAUGCAGUAAUAUGAAAAACUAAAUAGACCCUUGCUGUUUGCAUUGGAUUUAAGAAGAUAAAGUAAAAGCCUAUUUAGGACUUGCCCUAAGGAAUGGGUGUCUCAACAAGCUCCUUCGGGUAUGUUUGGAAACUGUUGAACACGAAAGUCUUGUGGGGCGGGAGAAUGUCCCUUUUCUUUAAAAUGAAUUCAACAGCAUGAGUAUGGUUUAUACGUUGCAUCUAAAUGACCCCUGAGACAUCAGGAAUCCUUUGAUAAGAUGAAAUUGCACAAUAAUAAACAGCACAUUAUUAUUAUUUUUUCCGUUGUCAAGCAUGGUGGUGGGAGGCUGAUGAGUUGGGUCUGUUCUGCAACCACAGGACCUGACCCAACCAUCCAGUCAUUACGUCAAACAUGAAAUCCUCUGUGUACCAAAGCGUUCAGGCCAACAGAAUGAGCUGAAGUCUGAUCUACAUUUGAUCAUCCAGAGGACAGUGAUUUGUACACAGCAACAAAACUAGUGCUGCUAAAAAAAA